AUGAGUGGUCGCUGUUUAGAGCAAAGGAUUAGUAUCAAGUUUUGCGUGAAAUUGAACAAGUCUGCCAGUGAGACCCACCGUCUUUUGAAAGGGUUUAUAGGGCGGGAAGAUGGCCUAAAUGCAUAAAAAGUUCGUCCAGUCACGCACAGGACGGAUGAAAACACCCAGAAAGUCAAGGACUCGGCUUUUUCAAACAGACAGUUAACGGUGAGAAUGCUGCAGAAUGUUAGACUCAUUCUGAAAGAAAACCUGAACAUGAGAAAAAUGUCUGCCAAAGUUCCAGCGAGUAUUCUAAAGGAUGAGCCUGAACCCGAGAAAUUUGAAUUCCCUCUGAUUCAUUCAAAGGAAAUUACGAAAAACCAUUUUAUAGUGAGGGAAAGGGCAACAAGUUCUGAGAUGUGGAGUCCUUUGCAGCAGAAAGCUGGUGGGCAAAUGUCUCUGCCUGUGUUGAAUCCCAGAAUCCACGUCCCCACCCCCACUCCCGCCAGCCAGCUUCUGCAGGGCCAGCCUCAGUCAGCAAGCAUUCCGCCUAGGGUGGCUCAGCAUUGGUUCACAUCCUGCUGA